GGAGAGUGUCGCGAAAGUGGCGAUGGAUAAUGUGGUCUAAAUUUUUAGUACAUGUCUAGUCCAGCUGGGUUGGCGAAUUUGGCGAGGUGUCAAUUUGCCAGUGUUUGUUUACAUUUAGAGGUGAUGGGAAAAUUUUGUAUCUCAAAAGAAAAGGGAGUUAAUUGGCAAGAAUUCUCAGGGAUGACAGUGUACCAGGAGUUGCAGCAGGACGAACGACUGCUGACCGGGCAUGUGACGGGGGGAUAUACUUCGGGCGAGACCAGUGGGAAUCUGAGGUAUAUCUGGUGGAUUCUUUUUGAAUCUCGUCAGACAAGCAACGGCUUGCGGAGGUCAAGCAUACCCCUGAAAGUCGGCAAUCUACCCGCAACAGGCGAGACCGCCUUCUAUCGUCGUGGGAAUAAGGUGCGAGGUCGCCCAAGGGAGUCGAGUGCGAGUCUGCCCAUCACAGUGCGAGUCCGCCUGUCACAGCACGAGGCUGCCUGUGGUUAUUGUUCUGGGAACGUGUGUAGUGUAGUCUAUAUGAGACAUUUGUCUCGGGAGGAAAGGAGGGCGAUCCGGCUCCAAACGCAUCUCCGUCGCAAGUCCGAGGAACGAAGGGAGCGCCUGAGGCGCCGCAGGAGGGACUACCGAUCCCCUAGCCCAUUCUACCAUCGGAGAAGAGAGGAGGUAAGAAGGAGAGAUAGCCCCGAGAGGAAUUCCACCCGACGUCUCAGAGGCUCGCACCAGGAUAGUCCCCGCAGAGUGUUCUCGAGACCCCACGUGGUAAUUAGACCCUCGCGUGCACGAGCGAGAGAGAGAGCGAAAGAAGAGCGCCGCAAGCUGCUUUUGACAACCCCGGAUCUGUCCAUAACCUUUCCUUCUCCCGUGAGGUUAGAAACUCCCAGGGAACCCCCAAAGAGUCCAGAAGUGUUAGAGUUGAGUAACUCCCCUCUGAGUACCCCGUCGUGCUAUAAGGAGUCUUCACCGAAACUCGUAGAGCAGAGCCCCUCAUCUUUACCCUCGUCUGAGGCAAAGCCGGAGGAAGAACAGGCCGAAGAAUACCGAGGAAAAAGUGAAGAGUUUGCCUCAUCUUCCCCAGGGAGUGACCGGCAGAAGCACAGCGGGAAUUCUGGGGAGUUCCAGACAGAAAGUGUUUCAUCAGUGGAAGGGGAGGGAGAGAUUCUUGGGGUAUCCGUGGGUGCACGAGACGUCAGUGAGAAAUUAGCUCAAGAGAGACCUUAUCGUCUGGUUGAGUGGACGGAGUUUGCCUUGCCCAUUCAGGGGCCACCUCGCGAAAUUCCUCUACGGGUGGCGAGCCGACGAACUAUCGGGGUCCCAUCAGCCCUUUUCGUCGACACCUCCCCGGAACGCAGGCACCCUGACUCGCGCGGGGAAACUCCGGAAUCGCCGCCGGCGUACCCGACGUCAAACCAGCGUCUCCCACUCCGUGGUCGAGUGCCGUUCUUCGUCACACCCCCCCUCGGCUGGGGACAUCCGGCGGGUGUUGGAGUCCCGCAGGGUGGUCACUCUUGGCGGAGCCACUUAUAAUAGCCUGCCUCUGCAGUAUUCCCCGACGGUGCUGGUCCCAGAAACUUCCCCUCAGCACGGACAAGGGAAAUUGAGAAAAAGGAGGAGGAAAAGGAGACGAAGAUCAAGGCGAAGGAAUCGCACAGAACGCCCUAAAUCCCCCACUUACAUUGUCAUCCUGAAUUGAGUAUGGAAUUAAAAAUUCUAUUCUAAUGUGG